GUCGAUCCGCGCAAGCUGGUUUCACAUUUCUCUUGAACGCAAACAACACUCACUGGCGUCCGGGCGCUUCUGCGGUACCAGUCGUGACCGCCCGACUGCUCGCAUUUUCACCGCUCACAGAUGUUAUUUGUCUCCUAUCACCGACUGGAACGGAACCAUUUAGAGUCGUUUACAGCGGAGUAACGGUUAGAGCUUAUUCUUACUACCGUACUGUCAAAAUAUCAGCGACUUUUUCGAAGUCCCUCGGGCAGCUAACGCUUGUUAGCAGGUUAGAUGUGAUUUUCUGAGGCGCACAGAGCCAGUGCAUGGCCAUCUUCACGAUGUUUUCGUGCAUGGAUUAUUAAUUUGCCAGCUCGACACCGAGACAAGUGUUCGACUGGGCUUUUAAACGAUUGAAAACAUGGACAUGUAGACACCUGUAUGGCGGAUGAUUUCUCACAGUAACGCUAUACUGAGUUUGCUAACUGGAAGGAGCAGCUCGAUAACUUGCCCUGAAGUUUCUCCAUACUAAACAAGACUCUCGUCUGUCUUUCUUCACUGGCUUAAGGAGGAAAAGAGGACUUAAAUUUUGACAUCACAAAUGCACAAUAAUAUACAGCCGAUCAUCGAUAGUUUGGGCUAAAUUCGGGACCUUCCAGACUUUUGUCACCCGGCCUAAUAAAACUUGGAGACCUCGGACUCGAUUUUGCACAUCGGUGCUGGGAACAGUUAUUUUCUGUACUAACGAAUUCAGUUUUUAAUCGUUUAUCCUUCGAUGGUCAUAUUCACUGGGUAUUUCCCACCGAAAUUUUCCAGUCUGAAUACACCAAACCCCGUAGGAAGUUGAGAUUCAGUGUUGACACCCAGUCGGUAGUGUUUGUCGAAUAACUGAUACCUACUUUACUCGGAUUGUUUCAGGAAAGUUUGCUUAUUUGUUUAACUUCCUGAUAUAUCGGGUAAACUAUGACUUAAUGAGAGGGCCUUAUCAAAACUGAUCUUUAGUGAUUCGAGAUUUACCUAGAGCUCAGGGUGGCUCUCUAACAGUUGGACUUCGGACACUUCUCAUCUUGUUGUACCGAUGUCACGUCUGAUUGAAUUUUGAGGACUGUGAAUACAUUCAGUUUUUAGAAAAUAAACUGUCAUCUAAUUUGGGAAGAUGUCGACCAGAACACCACUGCUACAGAUCAAUGAUCAUUCAACUGGCCAGUCUCACUCCGAAUCGAAGUCCAGCGUACGCUCCAACAUGCUUCACUCCGCAACAGAUGAACAGCCCCACAUAGGCUGCUAUAGGCUUCUGAAAACUAUCGGCAAGGGAAACUUCGCUAAGGUCAAACUUGCCAAGCAUGUCCUCACUGGAAAAGAGGUGGCGGUGAAAAUCAUAGACAAGACUCAGCUCAACUCCUCCAGUCUUCAAAAGCUAUUUCGGGAAGUGAGGAUCAUGAAGCUCUUGAAUCACCCGAAUAUUGUGAAGUUAUUUGAAGUGAUUGAGACGGAGAAGACCCUCUACCUGGUAAUGGAAUAUGCCAGCGGAGGUGAGGUGUUCGAUUACCUCGUAGCCCACGGCAGAAUGAAAGAGAAAGAGGCCCGAGCCAAAUUCAGACAGAUUGUGUCAGCAGUACAGUACUGUCACCAAAAGUGCAUUGUCCACAGAGACCUCAAGGCGGAGAACCUGCUCCUGGAUGCGGACAUGAACAUAAAAAUAGCAGAUUUCGGCUUCAGUAACGAGUUCAUACUGGGCAACAAGCUGGAUACGUUUUGUGGCAGCCCUCCCUACGCUGCCCCCGAGCUCUUUCAGGGGAAGAAAUAUGACGGCCCGGAGGUGGACGUCUGGAGCCUGGGGGUCAUACUGUACACACUGGUCAGCGGUUCUUUGCCAUUUGAUGGACAGAACCUAAAGGAGCUGCGAGAACGGGUUUUGAGGGGGAAGUAUAGGAUUCCCUUCUACAUGUCGACGGACUGUGAGAACUUACUGAAGAAAUUCCUUAUACUCAACCCAACAAAAAGAGGAAGUCUUGAGCAGCAGAUCAUGAAGGACCGAUGGAUGAAUGUGGGCCAUGAGGAUGAAGAGUUGAAGCCCUAUAUUGAACCCCAGCCUGACUACAAGGACCCUAAGAGGACAGGUCAGCACCCCAACAGUGCAGGGGGUUGGAAGAGAGAUAUCAUGCUGCGGAUGGGAUAUUCUCUAGAUGAGAUACAAGACUCCCUUAUCAACCAAAAGUACAAUGAUGUCAUGGCGACUUACUUAUUAUUGGACUAUAGGAACUCAGAGUUGGAUGAAUUGUCAAUAAAGCCCCGCCUAGGCACCGACCUCACAAACAAUGCCCAAUCACCUUGUCACAAGGGACAACGCAGUACCUCCAGUCAGAAGUCCCGCAGAUCCACAGACCAAAGUUCCUCCGUUUCCUCCAAGCGUUCUCAGGGCGACGGUAAGCACAUCGGCGGUUCAGGCAGCUCCAGUAAAGUCCCACCCAGUCCACUGAUCUCCGGAGACCAUAAAAAGACUCCUACCCCUUCCACAAAUAGCAUCCUCUCCUCAGGCCGCAGCAGGACCUCCCCAAUUACUGAAAGAGCCACAUUGGGAGUACAGAAUGGCAAGGACAGCUUGAACACUCCUGGGUCCCGCUCCUCCACCGCCUCAGCAGCCGCGGUCCUCGUCGCUUCAUCCCGCACUCGCCACCACAAGUCCUUGUCCACUUCUGCCCACCCCAGCCCCUCAGACAUCCACGCACACCGCCCAAGCACAACCACACAGAGAAAUCCAGUGGUGUCCCCCUCGGCUCAGAACAUAAACAUUUCCACAGUGACAGACCGUACCAACUUCCCCAGAGGGGUGACGAGCAGAAGCACUUUCCACGCAGGCCAGCAGAGAGCCACACGAGACCAGCAAGCCUCCGCAUACAAUGACCCCUCAGCCUCCCCCUCUUUUUCCCACGGCAAUAGCCAGGCGCGCCGUACAGGGACGGGCAUCUUCAGCAAGUUUACGUCCAAAUUCGUACGGAGAAAUCUCUCAUUCAGAUUUCCCAGAAGGAGUCCGUAUGAGGGAGAAUUUCAGGAUGAGGCCAGCAGACCCAUGUUGAGCACAGCAGACAAGAUGGAGAAAGGUACCCAGGGACUGCCAGGUGAUGAAAACAAGGACUCCUUGUCAUCUUCACCGGCAUCCAGCACCCCUUCAUCCACCCAGGCCUCUAAGGACACCAAGCCACGCUCCCUUCGCUUCACCUGGAGCAUGAAGACCACCUCCUCCAUGGAGCCCAAUGAGAUGAUGAAGGAGAUCCGGAAAGUUCUGGACUCCAACAGCUGCGAGUACGAGAUGCGUGAGCGCUUCAUGCUCCUCUGCAUUUCCGGCAACCCGGCGCAAGACGAUUACGUCCAGUGGGAGAUGGAGGUGUGCAAGCUUCCUCGCCUCUCUCUCAACGGGGUGCGCUUUAAAAGGAUCUCCGGCACGUCCAUCGCCUUCAAGAACAUCGCAUCGAAGGUCGCCAAUGAGCUAAAACUCUGAGGAAGCGAAUGAGGUUACUAUCUUGAGGAACGUCUGGAGCUCGUAUGCUGGGAGGCACUGUGAGGAAAAUCAAUGGAGCUGUAAGCUUUAUGGCAGCAGUGAAGAGUCUGCAAAGAGGGAAAAGAUGCUAGACAGGUUUAUGGGGGACAUUUGUGCAUAUAGACAUUUUCAGGUGGUUUAUUUUUUCGGGGAGGUGUUCUGUCUUGGUUUGGGUUUUCUGUUCCUUUAUCACCCCCCACCCAAUGCUUUGUAUCUUUUAUUUGUGGCAAUUUUGUUCAAGUUUUGUGGUUUUUCUUGGACCUCACAAUUGUCCUCAGUUCUAAAAGUUAUAAAAAUGCCGGAGGUUGGAGAUCAAAUUGAACUGUUUGUAAGUGGUUUUCUCUAAAAACACAAACCAGCUACUGCCCCCCAUACCCUGAAUCUUAUCCUUUAUUCAACCACAGAAAAAACAGAAAAUGAUAAACCACCGCAUUACUUGAUCUUACUUCCAAUUCCAGGUAACCUGUAUAGAGCAGAGGGGAAGAGAUGCUCUGAAUGUACAACACAAAAUAGUGCUGGGCAUCUUAGAUCUGUGUGGUUAAGCACAUUCAGUAGAGCCAUAGUUGAAUUUUUAUAUUCACUAAAUAUGAUCUGAUGGUUUUGAUCUGACCAAUAAUAUAUGGUAGGUAAUCAUUAACCUCUGCCCCAUUACUACAUUCACAGUACAGCGUUUUAUUAUUAAUAUAUUAAAGCUGAAAUGGAAGUGUUGACUUGAACCCUCGGUGUGUUGGAGGUAUUACCUUUUGACACUUUAUGCCCAGACGGUUAGUUUUGUUGUUGUUUUUCCUCUGCUUCAGGGGUUAUAUAUCUGAAACUAAUUAAGGGCCAAUUAAGUAAUUAUUGGUGGAUUGUAGUGUAAUUAAGAAUUGCUGGUUGGAUCCAAUCUGCUGCACUGGAAUAAGUCUGUGUUUCGUUGCCUUUCUCUGGAGAAGAUAAUAUUAUUAUUAUUAUUAUUAUUAUUAUUAUUAUUAUAUGAAUAAACCAAAAGUUGGAUGA